AUGGACUAUUCAAACACGUACGGCGCCUACGGAGGCGGCGGUUUUCUCCCCGAGUCACCGGCGCGUACCGGCGGAAACGCUUCAACACGGUUUGGAGUCGGCUCGGGGUCCUCGUUACGUGACCAGCGUAGAAGUUUACUCCCAGUCCGUGUCGCUGAUCUGGUGCAUGCAGUCCAUGAUCCAGUGACGAAUACGUUUGUUCUGCGUGAUGAGAAUGAACACCAGAGCAUCACCAUAUCAGAGGGCUCGAUUGUGAAGGUAGUAGCUUACGUGGAAGAACUGAGGGAGCAACCUCUUGAUCUUUUAUGGCUUCUCGACGACAGGAGUGGUGAAAUGAUUUGGGCCCGUAUGGCUAGCACGAGUAGUAGCUCGCUUGCAGCGCUCGAGCAGAGCGGGAUUCUUGUACGGGUUUUCGGACAGUUGCUCGAAGUGGACGGCAGGCGAGUCCUCAACGUGCGCGCCAUACGCAAAGCGGACGGUGAGGUUGAACUCAGAUAUCACGAAAAUUUGUGUCAGCUGUCGAAACUGCAACUCAUUCGAGGGUAUCCAACCGCGGGGAACGCCCUCGCAGGCGCGUCAUCGUCGCCGGCAUCACCAAAGGCGGGACCCAGCAAAGCGGUGCAUCGCAGUUCGCUGGGAUCUGGGGCACCCAAGGAGAUGGCCCAGCAAGCUCCUGGUCUGGAAAUCCCAGCAGCGUUUCCUCCUGAACAUUUCAAAGUUCUCAAAUGCAUUCGAGAGGAGACCGCACGGAAUCGCGACGCGAUGCUGACGGACAUUGCGCAAAGGAUAGCGCUCAGCACGACGAAAGUGCGCGGUAUUUGCGACGCGCUCCAGAACGAGGGCCAUAUCUAUUGCACACUGGACGAUGAUACGUUUCGAGCGUCAAGCUCAUGA